CCUCUCCACUUGAGCGCGAAUGUUCAUUGAUGAAAUCCCUUCUCCAUCCCCCUGUAAUCGUUGCGACCAAAAACGAGUGGAGAGAGAGAGAUGUGGCAAGGAUGAUGGUGAUGAAGAAGCUCAGGAGAAAAUGGAACAAAUCUCGCAGAGAAUUUCACGAUGACGAUAAGUUCUCUCUCCCAACACACGACGAUGUAUAUCCUUUGGACACCCAAGAGCAGGAGGAGUUGGUUCGAUCUCUCGAAAGGACUCAAGCUCAGCAGUCUUUUCUCUGGAGGAGCAUUUUUGCGGCACUACUGCUGUGUUACGCGGCGUUUCUCGUUUUCUCAAUAUAUCAACAGGCUUACACUCCAUGGGAGCUGCGGUAUCAUGCUUAUUUCAUGGAUGAGGUUGACUCAUGGAUGAUUAUGGCUGCAGAUUGGGCUGCUGUUUUAGCGUGCUUAAUGGCCAUCACAGGGUUGCUUCACAAUUCAGAGAAUCAUAGGCGAUGGCUUUGGUACUCCUGCUGUGCCGGCAUUCUACUAGCAGUAUUCUGGUUAUAUCACAUGCUGAGGAAAGCCAAUUAUGCAUAUUUAUAUUGAUAUAUUUAUGCAAGAUCCUACUAUGAUUACAAGAACUUGUAAAUAGAAUUUGUGAUUGAAAAUUCAUAGUGUAUCCUCAAUAUCUUCCUCACUCGACAUAUAAAUUUGGUAUCUUGCAGAUUGCCGAGGUUCAGGUGGGAUGCUAGUUGGCUUCCUCUUGGUCCACUGAGCGGAGCUGCAGUUUGUCUUUAUGUGGACAGUUUACUCAAUGAGUCAUCUGAAGAAAUAAGAAAACUUCGAGGAUACAUGUAUUCUUAUAAGGCCACAUGACAUGUUUCAUCUCACAUUUGACGAGAAUAGAUACAACACAUGCUGUAAAUCUCAGAUUUAGAUGUAGCCCGGGAAUCGAAAUCCAUUUCAGAAAAGCAAAGGGUUAGGCGUGAUGUAGUCCGGUGGCUAAGAUGUGAAAGAGCUUAACAUCCUAAAUUAGCGAAAGCACACCUCGUUCAGUGCAGAAACAUGGUGGAUUCUCUACUUGUGUUGGGAUUGUCAAAGUGUAUUGUCACCCGUGUAAGUUCUUUUUGGUCGUUAUACCUUGCAUAGUUUGUGGUAAACACCAUGCAGUGUGCUCAAACAUUGUUAUCUUAUUACCUUUUUUCACAACUGAACCAUGGCAUUAGAAUGAAAAAAAUGCUAUCUGUAUUUAACUUGGAGAAUUAAUUUGGAGAUUCAACUCAUCAUAGCUGUUGGACU